AUGCGAUUUAAACACCUAGAUGCAUAUGAACAAUCUAAAACUGUUGCACAAAAAUGCCUAGCUUCGAUGAAUGAUGAAGAUCGUACUUUAACUGCUUCAAAAAUGAAACUCAAAAACACUUGUAAAGACCAAAUUCUCAAUAGACUUGCUGCUGAAUGGAAAAAAUUAGUCAAAAAUUCAGGUGCAAAUACAAGAACUAAAGGAAUUAUAAUUGGACGAAUGCAAACACAAGAAUAUAAAAAUAUACUUGCUGAAAUGAUAAAUCAACAACAAAUUAACAUACUAUUAGGUGGAAUUGCUGUUGAUACUCAACCACCACCUGUUCAGAUAUCAACAAGUCAUUAUGAAAAUGUAUGGUCAGUUGAAAUAGAAGACAAUGAACCUAUUCAACCAAAGAAUGAUAUUGAUGCUCGACUGUUUGUUUCUCCUAUUACUUGGCAAGAAAUUGAAUAA